AGAGAAGGGAAUGCAUUCGAUGGUGGCGUAACAUAAAAAAUUCUCUUACAGCAGUCAAAAAUUAUACAGCUAGUGUUUGCCCAUUUUUUGAUUGCUUCGUAACUAUUUAGGGAAUAUUGGAUAGUUCUUAUUUUAUGCCAUUUAGUAUAGGAAAUUUAUUGAAUUAGCAGAGAUUAAAUAUAACCGAGCGAUAAAAAAGGAAAACUCAGCAUGAUAUUCAAUUUAUACAUUUACGAUCGCAGUGGAACUUGCCUAUUCUAUCAUGAAUGGAAUCGGCAAAAACAAGUUGACGUUUCCAGGGAAGAGGUAAUAAGAAUGCUUGAAUGAUUUAAAUUGAAAGUGAAAUCAAUAAGAUUUUCUAAGUCAUAAAAUUCUGUUAUUCUUGUCAAUUCUGACUAUCAAGCACAUGCAAAACUCAAUUUAUAAUUAAUCUUGCAUUAUAUUAUGCUAUAUAAAUAGAAGUAUAUUUCUUAAGUGAUUUAAAUAGCUAAAGGUUUAAAUCAACAGGAUUUUAAGUUGAUGUACGGCAUGACAUUCUCUUUAAAGUCUUUCUGCAAUCGAAUAUCACCAACUGAUCCAAAUAUAGGCUUUACAAGUUUCAAGACAAGUCAAUAUAAAUUGCACUUUUAUGAAACUCCCAGUGGUUUGAAAUUCAUAAUGACAACGGACUUACAAAUUCAAGGAGAUAUAAGAUUCCUUAUGCACACACUUUACAAAGAUGUCUUUGUAGAAUAUGCUAUUCGAGAUCCCGAGUGCGAAUUAAAUAAGCCUAUUAAGAGUAAACUGUUCAGCGAAAAGCUUAAUGAAUUUAUCCAGAAGCAACCUCAGUUUGGUAAUAUAGCACAAACUGCUUUGUCAUCUAUCGUCAAAUAGAAAAUAAUUACGUCUUAUUUAUAAAAGUCUUCAAAUACAAUGAAUUAUCCUAAUACAAUAAUAAUCAAUUAUGAA